CUAUGUUCUAAACCCUCAAACUCUUUUUUUUUUUGUUACUUUCUAUACUUUUUAAAAAUUUGUUUCAUAAUUUAUAAUUUAUUUUCUACAGUUUUAAACGACUUAGCGAGAGAUAAAAAAAAGGACAAAAAAUUCGACAUAUUGAAGGAAUUAAAAUGGGAUAAAGCGCGAUUAAGAAGUAUUGUAACAGAAGACUAUCGUUAUCCGCGCGUUUUACGUUUUAAAGCUUCUCUUCAACUGUUCCGUGAAACGGAAACGUUCAUCAAAAGUUUCAGAGAAGAAAACACAGAUGCAUCUUUCACUUCACAAUCUAUUCCAUACCUUAAAUCUCUCAUUUCAGAACUCACUUCUUCUCUUCAAGUGGACGUCAAUAGAGAGAUCCUUUUAGAAAUAGAACCGAAACCAUUUCCCACUUUACGUCUCCGUCGUUCUCUUAAAAAACUUAAAGUAUUGUUAAGAGGAGAAGUCACACGUGCAUCUUUCACUUCACUUAUCCGUGGUUGCAUUAAAGGCUAUGAAUAUGCCAUUUCAAAAUUCUAUGCUUCUUUUCAAGAGGACGGGUUUGACGUUAAUAGAGUGAUCAACGAACAUGAAGUAUUCUUAAGUUUUAGAGGAGAUGACACUCGUGCAUCUUUCACUUCACAUCUCCAUGCUUCUCUUCAAAACGAUGGAAUCUCCGUUUUCAUGGACGAGGAUUCGCUUCUAAGAGGAAAUCACAUUUCAUCAUCACUACUGCGAGCAAUUGAAGACACUAAGAUCUCUGUGGUUGUUUUCUCAAGAAAUUAUGCUGAGUCGAGAUGGUGUUUGGAAGAAUUGGUGAAAAUAAUGUCGUGUCAGAGAACCGUAGGGCAGGUGGUGCUUCCAGUCUUCUAUGGUGUAGAUCCAUCUGAGGUUCGUCACCAAACUGGUGAGUUUGGAGAAGCAUUUCGAAAUCUUUUGGAUAGGAUUUCUAAGGGCAAGAAAAAAAAGUCUCUCAAAUGGAGAGAAGCACUUCGUCAAGCUGCUGCCCUCGCUGGUUUCGUAGUUCUAGAUGCAAGGUAAUU